UACAUACACUCUUCAUCCAACAUACAAGCAAAAAGAAAUUACAUAUAAUAUUCUCUAUAAUUCCUUGAGCAUGGCCUCCCAAUUCCAAGCCCUAGCCAUCCUCUUACUUUCCCUCAACAUUGCCUUCUUUUACCAUGUAAGUUGUUAUCAACCUACCUCAGCGCCUACCACAGGCGGCGAUGGUAACCCUACUACCCCACCAGUCGUCUCACCUACUAAGAACGGCGGUGGUAAUCCUACAACCCCACCAGUCGUCUCACCUCCUAAAAACGGCGGUGGUAACCCUACUACCCCACCAGUCGUCUCACCUCCUAAGAAUGGCGGUGGUAAUCCUACUACCCCACCUGUCGUCUCACCUCCUAGCAACGGCGGUGCGACAUGCCCAAGUGACAGAGCACCAAGAGUGAGCGUAUGUGUUGGCCUACUAGAUUUGCUGAAUGUUUCACUAAGCCUUCCUCCCAUUUUUGACCCAAGUCCUUGCUGCAGCCUCAUUAAUGGACUUGUUAAUCUGGAGGCCACCGCUUGUCUUUGCGCAGCAGUUCAACUCGAUGCUCUCAACAUCGUCAACCUUGACAUUGUUCUCGGUGUUGCUCUCCAACUUUGUGGACUACAGAGGCCUCCUAUUGCUAUCACAUGCUAAUUAAACACUAAACACGUACUGCACGUUUCGUUCCAUCAUAUCUAUACAACGUAAACAAAUCUAUGGAAGAAUAUAUAUAUACAUAUAUGUACUCAAUCAAAUAUGAACCUAAAUAAAUUACGUGCAGUGUAUCAUCUAUCGUUAUCACAAUAUACAUCAUAUCAAUGAA